AUGGUCGAAGGAGCUCCAGCACACGGAACGGUGGCGCAUCUGUUGCCUCUGACGUACAAGCGAUACGUCUCGGAAUGGCUCGAAGAGGACACACCGAGCUUCGACUAUGGAGGUUUCGUGGUCGGUGAGGAGAUAUCCGAGGCCAAACUUCUGGGCAAGAGCGAGGGCAUCGUGGCUGGCGUCCCGUUCUUCGAUGAGGUGUUUAAACAGCUGAACUGCACAGUCGAAUGGCACGUCAAAGAAGGUGACUCUGUUGGAGAAAAGAUCACGCAUUGCGCCACCGUUCGCGGACCAGUACGCAACCUCCUCCUGGGCGAGCGCGUAGCUCUGAACACACUGGCGCGCUGCUCGGGAAUCGCAACAAAGUCCAACCGCCUGCUCACUCUUCUGCGCAAAGCUGGCUACCAGAACAUUCUUGCCGGCACACGCAAAACCACUCCUGGAUUCCGACUCGUGGAGAAGUACGGCAUGCUUGUUGGCGGUGUCGACGCUCACCGAGUUGAUCUUUCCGCCAUGACGAUGCUGAAGGAUAACCAUAUCGUUGCCGCAGGCAGCAUCACCAACGCUGUGCGUGCCGCGAAAUCAGCAGGUGGUUUUGCCAUCAAGGUGGAAGUAGAGUGUCAGAGCUUCGAAGAAGCCGACGAAGCCAUCGCAGCCGGUGCUGACAUCGUCAUGCUGGAUAACUUUACGCCCGACGGUGUCAAGGUGGCUGCUGCGCAGCUGAAAGAGAAAUGGGGACGAGGCACAGGGGACAGGAAGGCUUUCUUGGUCGAGGUCAGUGGCGGCCUGACCGAGCACAACGUCGAGAAGUAUGUCUGUGGGGACAUUGAUAUCGUGAGCACGAGCAGCAUACAUCAGGGCGUUCCUCACGUGGACUUUUCGUUGAAGAUUGUACCCAAGACGAAGAAGGAUGGCGGUGAAAGCUUGGCGGUCUAG